AUAUCUAACCGCAUAUGAUACUAAUGGAAUAUGACUCUUCAGGAUCAGGGUAAUCCAGAACUCCAGGUUUUUUUAACAAUUGGAUCGGACGGACAACUACAAUGCAAAACACAUCCUAUGUGACGAUAUUCUUUCUAACGGCAUAUGGCACCAAUGGGAAUUUGAGAUAUUUGUAUUUUACAGCUGCUUUAUUUGUCUUUCUUUUGAUACUCCUAGCAAACAUAAUUAUUAUAACAGUAAUUACAAGGGAAAGAAAACUCCACGAACCUAUGUACAUAUUUAUUUGUAACCUGACCCUGAAUGGGGUGUAUGGUAGCAUUUCAUUUUAUCCGCAUUGUUUAUCCAACCUCUUGUCAGAAACUCCCUCCAUAUCUAGAGCUGGCUGCUUGACUCAGGUAUAUUGCCUACACACAUAUGGAGGAUUUGAAUAUACAAUAUUGGCUCUGAUGGCGUACGACCGAUAUGUGUCCAUAUGUCAUCCACUGAUGUAUAACAGCAUCAUGACCCCCUUAAGAAUGACUAAGCUUUUAGUGUUUGUAUAUAUGUACCCUAUUUGUAUUCUCCUUAUACAUCUAAUGCUAACGAUUCGGCUGCCCCUUUGUGGGUUUAUAAUAGAAAAAGUGUACUGUGAUAACUGGUCAGUUGUCAGAUUAUCAUGCUCAGAUGUGUCUGUUAAUAAUAUCGUUGGUCUCCUUGUUACAUGUUUUCUUAUAUGUGUACCGUUUCUUGUUGUUUUGUACUCUUAUGUCAGAAUCCUGGCAGUGUGCCUGAAAUCUUCAAAGGAAGCUCGUGCUAAAGCUCUACAGACCUGCACCCCUCAUUUAGUGAGCUUCACAAACUACAGCAUCGCCACAUUUUUUGAAAUUCUCCAAUAUCGUUUUGAGCUUCAUAAUUUGCCCCAUGUAGUACGAAUUAUGAUGUCAAUGGAUUGCAUUUUACUUCCUCCUCUUUUGAAUCCUAUCAUCUAUGGAGUGAAAUUGCAGGAGAUAAGAAAAAGGAUCAUUAAGAUGUUCUUUGGAAAAAAAUCUACAUGUGACUCUGUUGAUGCAUCUUUAAAACGCAAAGUGACAAUUACGUGUCUUCCACAUGUGAAGUAA